AUGUCGAAUGACCUGGAAGAGGUGAAAUCACAAGUACAGAACAAACAGACAGAUCCAAAUGCAAGCUACUCGGAGGCCGACGUCAAUCAACUCAGAGUCCUACUCGCUAGACUGACCAAGUCAGAAGACGCCUUGCUCGCUGACACGGUUGUGUCGAGUCUGAACUACAGCAGUCGACCCGCUCGCCUGGACUCCAUCCCGCAAGCCCACCAGGACACUUUCCAGUGGGCGUUUGACUCUCGGUUGUCAGACUGGUUUUUGUCUGGGCGCGGAACCUUUUGGAUUUCAGGUAAGCCCGGAUCUGGCAAGUCCACUUUCAUGAAAUUCAUCGCCAACCACCCCCAGACAAAAGAGUUGCUUGGACGAUGGGCAGGCCCGUCAAGCACUCUGGCAAUUGCGGCACAUUGCUUUUGGAUCGCGGGUACACCGAUGCAGAGAUCAUGGCAGGGGCUCCUCCAGUCUCUUCUCCAUGACUUGUUACACGGACACUCAGAUGCUGUGGCUCUCGCCUGUCCUAAUCGAUGGACGGCUGCAAAGGCUGGGAAGUGGCAGACCGCUGCCGAACCUUGGUCGGUGUUUGAGCUUACUGCUGCGUUGCGAUCUUUGUCGACAGCUGAUCAUGUGCCGCUGAAGAUGUGUUUCUUCAUUGACGGACUUGAUGAGUACGACAGCAAUCACGCUGAGCUUUGUCAAGUUCUCCUUGAUAUGGCCAUGUCUCCCCACAUCAGGAUGUGCUUGUCCAGCCGUCCAUGGCCAGUUUUCGAAAGGACUUUCGGUAACGAGGACCAAGAAAGGCUUGAUAUCCAUGAGCUAACAAGGAACGAUAUUCGGAAGUUUGUGAAAGAUCAGCUGAAGACUGACCCUCGUUGGAGUCUCGGAGGGUCCGAUAUUGUUUUCCCCGAGCAGGCCGAGCUCGUCGAUCGAAUCGUGUCUCAGGCUGAUGGUGUGUUCCUCUGGGCCUUUUUCGUUACGCGGUCUUUACGAGAAGGUCUCUCGAAUGGCGAGAAAUUGAGCGACCUGGCCAUACGCUUCAGCAAACUGCCUUCAGAUUUAGAUCGUCUGUUUCGGCAUAUGUUGGACAGCGUCAAUCCUGCCGACCAUCGCAAAAUGGCAGGGAUCUUGCAGGGUGCGGUACACGCGUUGGAGCCGCUUCACGUUGAUAUCUACUGGCAACUGGAAGAAGAAUUGGAAGAUGACAAACAUUCUUCUCAAAAAACGGAAACUUCAAAGCUCAGGGAUAAUUCUGCCCUUCGGAGAGGGAAAACCAGUGGCAGCAUCAACGAGAAGACAAAAGGACUCCUCAAGCUUGUCAACGACCGGGUCGAAUUCCUUCACAGAACCGUGAAGGACUUUGUUUCGACAAAAGACAUUGGCGUUUUUCUCCGGGAGAAGCUUCCGGCAGACUACAAUGGCUUCAUCUCCAUUGCCGCCGCCUAUCUCGGGUUUCUGAGAGCCACUCGCCGUGAUAAUUCG